AGAACCACCAAUACAAACAGAACCCGGAAAUCAUGCUUCUCGCUCGAAUUCCAGAUGCCUCUCAGCUUUUAUUUUUGGAACAACCAACCUUCUUCUUCCUCAACGAAUCAAAAUUUUCCUCCUUAAUCGUCCAAGCCCCCACACCCACAGAGAGAGAAGAAAGAAGAAGAAGCAACCCAGAGAGAGAGCUUGGUUGCUUCUUGCUUUUGUGGGAAAAACAAGGGAUUAAGAUCAAAAGGGCUUGUUCUUCUCCUCCUCCUUUCUCUCUCUCUCUCUGCUUUUUUGGGUACCUCUUUUUCUUUUUCUCUAGAUUUUUUCAGGGAAAUGUGGAAUCAGAAGCAAUCCAUUGGUAAGGAAAGGAAAGAGCUGUCCACAGCCAAUCAAUUGGUGGGAAUCGCCAUUGAUAAGGAUAAAGGAAGUCAAGUUGCUCUCAAAUGGGCCACUGAGAAUCUCCUGGGAAAGGGCCAAACUGCCAUUCUCAUCCAUGUUAAACUCAAAUCUUCUUCCUAUCCUGGCUCUUCUAUGGCUUCCCCUAAGGUGAUGUCAGCAUCUGACACUGGCAAUGGCAAUGGCAAUGUUAUGGUAAGCAAGGAUGUUGAUCCAAGCACAAGGGAUUUGUUCCUUCCUUUUCGCUGCUUCUGUACGCGUAAAGAUAUAUUCUGCAAAGACAUCAUAGUUGAAGAUUUAGAUGUUGCAAAAGCGUUGAUCGAAUACGUCACUCAGGCUGGAAUUGAGAAUUUGGUUGUCGGUUCCACGUCUAAAAGUGGCUUCUUGAGAAGAUUCAAGACAACAGAUAUUCCAGGCAGUGUUGUCAAAGGAGCACCAGAUUUCUGCAAUGUUUAUGUCAUAUCAAGAGGGAAAAUCCAAACCAUGCGAUCAGCCUCACGUCCUGCUCCCGCUUCGUCUCCUCUACGAAAUUUGUUGCUGAGCCAAGCUGGUAUCAAAUCAAAUUCAGCAGAGUCACCAGUUCCUCAGAUUCAAAGACCUGAAAAGCCUCCCCUUGAAGCAGCACGUAGAUCUCAGGACAACAUCGAGUUCAGGUCGCCGUUCACUAGGAAAGGCUACAAUGGAAAAAUGCCGGGGGAAGUCAGUGUGCCAGAUUCUGAUAUUUCUUUCGUUAGCUCGGGAAGGCCGAGUGUUGACCGAUUAUUCCCUACAUUGUUUGACAACAACCUGGAUACAGGAAGGGUUCCCCCACGAUUGUCCAGUGGCACCGAUGCCGAUAUAUAUAAUAGCUUCGAAUCACAGCCAUUUGGACGCAAAUCAUUGGAUGUAAACUAUCCACCUGAAUUUUUAUCAGUAUUCUCAGAAGGUGACAGAUUGUCCACUUCAUCACAGAGUAUGGAAGAAGUAGAGGCUGAAAUGAGGAGGCUGAAGCUGGAACUAAAGCAAACCAUGGAAAUGUAUAGCACAGCAUGCAAGGAAGCACUAACAGCUAAACAAAAGGCAAUAGAGCUUCAGCGAUGGAAGUCCGAGGAAGAACGGAGAAUAGAGGAGGCAAGACUUGCAGAGGAAGCGGCAUUAGCAAUGGUUGAACAGGAAAAGGCGAAGUCUCGAGCUGCUAUUGAGGCUGCUGAAGCAGCUAAAAGGAUCGCUGAGUUGGAAGCACAGAAGAGAAUUAAUGCAGAAAAAAAAGCAUUCAAGGAAGCAGAAGAGAAGAAGAAGGCAUUAGAUGCUUUGGCAAACAAUGAUGUCCGGUAUCGGAAGUACUCAAUCGACGAAAUUGAAACUGCUACCGAGUUCUUUUCAGAAUCUUUAAAGAUUGGAGAGGGAGGUUAUGGGCCUGUUUAUAAAGGUUAUUUGGACCACACACCAGUUGCAAUUAAGGUCUUACGUCCGGAUGCGGCUCAAGGAAGAUCACAGUUCCAGCAAGAGGUCGAAGUCCUAAGCUGCAUACGACAUCCUAACAUGGUUCUUCUCCUUGGAGCAUGCCCUGAGUAUGGCUGCUUGGUCUAUGAGUUCAUGGCACAUGGUAGCUUGGAUGACUGCCUCUUUCGCCGGAGAGAAAACUCAAAACCUCUUUCUUGGCAACGUAGAUUCAAAAUUGCAGCUGAAAUUGGCACUGCCUUAUUGUUCCUCCACCAGACUAAGCCUGAGCCUCUUGUGCACCGUGAUUUGAAACCAGCCAACAUCUUGCUUGAUCGUAAUUAUGUUAGCAAGAUUAGCGACGUUGGUUUGGCCAGGCUUGUUCCCCCAUCUGUAGCAGACAGUGUGACACAAUAUAGAAUGACCUCAACUGCUGGCACAUUCUGUUAUAUCGAUCCUGAGUAUCAACAAACUGGCAUGCUUGGUGUAAAGUCCGACGUAUAUUCAUUGGGAAUUAUGUUUUUGCAGUUGAUUACAGCAAGGGCACCCAUGGGAUUGACUCACCAUGUGGGAAGAGCUAUUGAGAAAGGGACUUUGUCUGAAAUUCUUGAUCCAUCCGUUACCGAUUGGCCAGCUGAAGAAACAUUAUGCUUUGCAGAGUUGGCGUUAAAAUGUGCAGAGUUGAGAAGGAAAGACCGACCUGAUCUUGGUAAGGUUGUUCUCCCAGAACUGAUCAGAUUUCAAUCGCUAGCCGAAGCGAGCAUGUACGCACCGGUGACGGAUGGUGUUAGCAGCCCUGUGUUCAGCCACAAUCAGGUUUCUAUGAGAAGAGACGGCGAAUGUUUUUCCUCACAAUCUGGCGAUAGCCUUGGAGUCUUAUCGCGCUCGGUGUCAUAGUAAAAUCACAACUACUUAAAAAGAAUUCAAUUGCUCCUAACUUCUUGUUGAUCAUAUGGUACAGGACGGCGAAUGUUUUUCCUCACAAUCUGGCGAUAGCCUUGGAGUAUUAUCGCGCUCGGUGUCGUAGUAAAAUCUUCUUUUCCAAAAGCAGAUGUCUGAGGAUCUCCAUAUGGCCAGGAAAGCCAUAAAUUUUUGUAGAUAAUUUAGUGUCCAUAAGUAGCAUCUCUAAUGCCCAAAGCUGUAAGAAAUGUCUCUUCCAUGCCUGUUAUAAAUUUAGAUCAGCCUAUUCAUUUUACUUCUUUUCCCUUUCACUUUCCUUAACAUGUUAUGUAUGUUGUAUUUGGAUACUUUCAUUUGUAUAUAAUAGGUAUCAGAUAUGUAAAAAGUUACAUCAAAUGCAGCUGCAAGAUAUUAAUUACUUUCAAGCUCUUGUGAAACCCAGAUUUAUCAAA